AAGGAAGAGGAGACAGGCGCGUCUAAGUAGGAAAGCACACCCGAUAAGUCAUUUUGUCUGUUUUUUCUCUCUAAGAUCUCGCCAUCUUGUUCUUCAACUCCAUUGUUGAAUUCAUCGCUCGUUAAUCAUAAACAAUUUGGAAGAUCUUCAAGAAAAAAGUCUACAAAUAUAUUAGGAAGCUGGAAGAUGUCUGCAACUCUGUGAUUUGAUUGCGAGUCGCGACUGGAAAGUUUCGAAAUUGAGAUCGGAAUGACAAGAUUGGACUGUUGUUUUUGCUGAUUAAGAUGGAGAUUAACACUCAUCGGAAUCGUCGAUUCAUCUCUUUAUUAUUUCUGUUGUUACUCUCUUGUUUCUUUAGCAUUUGUUGUAGCAGUGAGGAUGAUUUCUCACAACUGCCUCCUAUCACGCCUAUCAAUCGCGAUCUCUACCACACUAGUGACGCUUUGAUGGAAGAGAUAGAAGCACUGGUUAACCGACACCAAGAUAGACUCCAUAUGGAGACAUUUCAAAGUACAAAUAAGGGCUACCAUGCUGAGCUAAAUGUAGUUACAUAUUGCCGGAAUAGGACAGCUAUUGACGACAAAUCGAAGUUCCGGAUACUUCUUAGUUUUGGGCAGCAUUCACGGGAGCUUAUUACCUCCGAGCUUGCAUUAAGGAUCCUCUCCAUCUUAAGUGAGGAGCAAUUUUUACCUAAAAUGGAUCCUCUGUUGCUGAACAAGGCCCUUGAGAAGAUUGUUAUAAAGGUGGUACCCUUGGAAAAUCUGAAUGGGCGUAAAAAGGUCGAAGCAGGAGACCUUUGUGAGAGAAGAAAUGGCAGAGGAGUUGAUCUUAAUCGAAAUUGGAGUGUAGAUUGGGGCAAAAAAGAAAAGGACUUCGAUCCAUAUGAAGAGAAUCCUGGGACUGGCCCUUUUAGUGAACCUGAGGCUCAGCUAAUGCGGAAGCUCUCAAUGUCAUUCGAACCACACAUAUGGGUCAACGUGCAUUCUGGAAUGGAGGCUCUAUUUAUGCCAUACGAUCACAAAAAUACCACACCAACUGGACUGCAAUCGCAGAAAAUGAGGGUCAUGCUUGAAACAUUAAACCACCUUCAUUGUGGAGACCGUUGUGUGGUUGGAUCAGGGGGCGGAUCUGUUGGGUAUCUGGCACAUGGGACGACAACAGAUUACAUGUUUGACGUGGCUAGGGUCCCCAUGGCUUUCACUUUCGAGAUUUAUGGAGACGAAAAGGCAUCCUCGAGAGACUGCUUCAAAAUGUUCAACCCUGUGGAUCAUUCCACCUUCAACAGAGUCCUCAAUGAAUGGUCUGCCACCUUCUUUGCUAUGUUCAACAUGGAAGCACACCAGAUGAAUGAUCUACAAGAAUCAACCCCUUUUAACAUGGAUCACUUGAUUUCCAUAGAUGAUUAUUUAAACGGGUACUUAAUCGAGCGGAAAAAUAGAUACGGGCAAAAGAAGGAAUUUAUCGACCUCGGUUUGCAGGAAAUCCGAACAUAUUUCCGACUCUUCUUGCUGUCUUCGGUGAUGUUAAUGUUCAUGUUCUGUUCUAGAAUCGCAAAGAGUAAUAGAUCACACUUGCCUUCCAUUUCUCUCUGAAAUCCUCGGCCUUUUUUUCCAGGAAAACCUAGAGAAAGGUGUGUAUUAUUACUUAUUUUUACGGGGUUUUCUCAUUGUAUUAUGCCCAAACAAUCAUCAUUCGGUUUCAGGUUCGUUAGCAAUUUUUUAAACGGAAACUUUCAGAUUAGUUUAUGAUUCUGAUUUGUACAACGUUAUUGACACGUCACGAAAGAUUAUUUCUUUGUCGUUUAUUUGUGCAAUAUGAAAGGUUUUCGAC